AUGAGUAAGCUGAGACGCGCGGACGACAUGGUGCGCCGCAUCUUAUCGGCCGAGAGAGUCAAGGCGCUGACGGAAGCGCGAGAAGGCCAUCAGGAAGCAUGGAAGCGAACGAAUGCCUCCACUAGUUGUAGUCUUCUCCCCUCCACAGACCAUUCACGCUUGUAAACCUCGGUCAUCACCACCUUUGACCCCUCUCGACAAGACGAGUUCGUCCGUAGUUGUCGCCAACGAUCAUCCGCGCUUCAGCGACCCGACCAAAAUCCGCAUAGGCGAGAAACAUCAAGGCGCAUCUUAA